AUGCACGCUGGGACUGGCGCCGAGGUCGCCAUGCCGGUCAUCGCGACGCUGUCAAGCCGUGUCGUGCGCAUCAUGGGGCUCAACCCGGGCUACAUGACGCUGCAAGGAAGCAACACGUACCUCGUCGGCACUGGACAGGAGCGGCUGCUGAUCGACUCCGGUGAAGGUGUGGAGGGCUACGGGGACCUUUUGCAAAAGGCGGUCGUCCAGGAAUCGACUCGACUCGGCAGACCAGUUUUCAUUUCAAAGCUGCUGCUCACUCACUGGCACGGGGACCACAUCGGUGGAGUGGAAACGGUGCGUCGCAUCUUCCCACAGGUGCAGCUACUGAAGCAGCCAUCGCAGUACGUCCCCACCAAGGUGGAUGCCUUGUGCCAAGUCCCACCCGAGGUUGUCGAGGUGGAAGGCGCCACCCUACAGCUGGUUCACACGCCCGGACACACCGAUGACCAUCUGUGCGCAUUUUUGCAGGAGGAGGGCGCGCUUUUUACGAGUGACACUGUCCUGGGCACCGGGACGUCUGUGUUUUCCAGCUUCAAGGACUACAUGAACUCCUUGCACGUGCUCAAGAGGAUAAAGCCAAAGCGACUCUACCCGGCGCAUGGCCCUGUCGUCGAGGACGGCACCGCGCGAAUCGAGGAGAUUAUCCAGCACCGGAACAUGCGUGAGGAGCAGAUUCUUCAGGUGUUGUGCGAGCGCACCCACGAGUCCUCUGCUCCGGAUCACGACAAGGGCCUCAGUAUUCGAGAACUGGUCGAUACCAUCUACACUACCACUCCUGAUGCGCUGAGGACUGCCGCUGGCAUCAACGUCUUCCAUCACCUGAAGAAGCUGCUGAGCGAAGGGAGGGUGAUGGUGCGAUACGUGCCUGAGGAUCUCGUCUACUUCUUGAAGGAUGCCACGGACUACACAACCUUCGGAGAAGGGGCAGAUGACAGUGUGAAGGUGAUGGAGCGCAUCUUGACAGAGCUCCGCGUAGCGACUGCGGGGGUUUCUUCCUGA